UUAUUAUAGAAUUAUGAAGGUAUUGAAAAAUUUAAUGUCCUAACUUCAGCAUUAAUGUUAUCACAAAAUCCAGUAAUUAAAGCAUAUUAUGUAGGUGGAACAAAUGUAUAUUAGUAUGUAAAUGUUCCUAUUGUGAUAACAACAAUUUAGUUUAACGAAGUACCAUGAAAAUAAAGAUCAAAACUUAUAUAAUUUUCAUUUUAAAAUGAAAAAGUAAAAUAAGUUUCAGCAUAAUAAUAAGUUGAAUUUAAAG